UUGUACGCGGAUAGAAAACCAUAUAGAGUUGUUGAGUGUUUGUGGAAAGCAAAAUUGGUAUUGCUUGUAACAUUAAUGUCGUCGUAUUUAUGGGUGGCUUCUACGGUGACUGCUGUGGUGGCUUGUGUCUCAGCCUGGUUUGGAUUAAAUCUACAGCCAUUUACCUUGAACACCUUCUCGCUCCAGCGGCAAUUUGCUAUCACGACAGCGCCGAAAGCACCGACGACGGGGCCAUUCACCUUCUACAAACUCAGUCUGCAAUGGCCAGCUGCUGCUUGUAAUUCUGGCCGCAUGACUUGCAAACAACCUAUCCCUAAAAAAUUCACCAUCCAUGGUAUCUGGCCACAAGAUAGCAAUGACGAUCCAGUGCCCGCUUACGGUCCAACAAAUCCUUGUACCACUGUCAGACCUACGCCUGCUAGUAAUCUCCCAACUGAGCUGAAUCCAAUUCUAAGCGACCUACAAUCGCUAUGGCCAAACUUAAAGGACCCUCAGAACUUGAACCAAAACUUCAUAUUUUGGGCCCAUGAAUGGACAAAACAUGGAAUGUGUUCUGAUUACCCUAACGACCCUCAUGACUACUUCAACUCUGCCGUACUACUCAGGAAUGGCUUCGAUCCAGAUAUGGGACUUACACCUGGAUCAAAUUAUACGGUACAACAAGUUGCAGCUGCAGUUCAAACCGCAGUAGGAGCCUAUCCUGAGAUUGCUUGCAACAGAGACAAAGUGACAAAGACACUUCAACUGUGGGAGAUUCGUUUAUGCUAUAAAAGGGCAAUGCCUCCCCAGACGGUCCAAAACUGUCCAAAAAGUUUCUCAGGCCAGUGCCGAAGCCUGACUGAUAAUAUAUAUUUCCCUAACUAGUGCUCCUCACCUCUCAUAAAAUCUUUGAAUAAUGUCCCAAAGUAAUGGUUGUAACACUUCGGCCUGCACCACCCUCAAUAUUUUUGGUUUUUCCUUAUCUUCCCUUAUUUUUAAAUGAUAAUCAAUGUGUUAAAUUAAUAUUUAAGAACAAAAAUAUAAUUAAUGCUCUUUUUGUUC